AUGGCGUCGAGGACUCCUCUUGGUGAUGCCACAGGCCGCAUCAUCAACGCGUCCUCAGACCGCCCACACAAGGCAAGCCGUUGUCGCGCCCCUGAGCGCAAUCCGCUGAGAGCCCCGAGCAGCAAUUCCAAGUCGGCAAGGCAUGCGGCACCCAAAAUACAAGAACCGAUCCAUCGAGAUGCAGCAACAAAUUCACGAGCACCAGCUGCCUCACGCACAAAGGCUCUCGCCAACGAAGACGCAGCUGCCACGAAACGAGACUCACAGGUCUCCAAUUCCAGCGCUUCCAGUGGCAAACGCAAAACUCAUAUUGGGCCGUGGCAGUUGGGUAAGACAUUGGGCAAAGGAUCCGCGGCCCGAGUCCGUCUUGCCCGUCAUCAUGUCACGCACGAGCUCGCCGCUGUAAAGAUCCUCUCGCAGGCUUCCUGCCACAUGACUCAGCCAGGCAGCCUCGCAGAACUUGAUCAGUGGGACCGGCAGCGCGAAGAGUAUCAAACAGAAAACCACAUCCCCUUGUCCAUUGAACGGGAAGUGGCGAUAUUGAAGCUUAUCGACCAUCCAAACAUCAUGAAGUUGUAUGACAUCUGGGAAAAUCGGUCAGAGAUAUACCUCGUUCUUGAGUUCGUCGAGAGGGGCGACCUUUUUGAGUACAUCAACAGUCACGGACCGAUUGCGGAGCAUGAGACUGUCUUCUACUUCAGACAGAUGCUCAGUGCUCUGGAAUACUGCCACUCCUUCAAUAUCUGCCAUCGUGACCUGAAGCCAGAGAAUAUUCUGCUCAAGGAGAAUGGCCAGAUCAAGAUUGCCGAUUUCGGCAUGGCAGCUAUCCAGCAGGGUCCAAAUCACAUGCUGCGCACCUCUUGUGGCAGUCCACACUAUGCAGCGCCCGAGCUCGUGAGCCGAAGGAAAUAUCGCGGCGACAAGGUCGACAUUUGGAGUCUUGGGGUCAUUCUUUACGCCAUGCUUUGCGCUCGACUCCCGUUCGACGACCCUGAUAUCCCUCGACUGCUGGCGAAGGCGACAAAAGGUAUAUACGAGAUGCCCGGGUGGCUGAGCCACAACGCUCAGGACCUCAUCAGAAAAAUGCUGCAAGUCGAUCCCAAGGACCGCAUCUCGACACGAAAAAUCUGGAAGCAUCCACUAGUCGUCAAGUAUGCCGAUUUCGACAGGUUCGACGAAAAUGGGGGCCAGAUCAACAACAUACCACAGAGUCGACAGUGCCAUCCUAUCUCGCCAAAGGAUGUCGACUUUCAGACUCUGCGGCAGCUCAAGUCGAUGUGGCACACAUUCCCUGAAAGGGAGCUCUUUCUCAAGCUGGUCUCGCCAGAGCCGAAUGACCAAAAGCUCUUUUACUGGCUGCUCUACAACUAUCGAGAAAAACAGCUCGAGAAUUACGACUCUGCCCUCACCUACUCGACCAGUGAUUUUCAUCACCUCCGGCCCAGGGCGUGGAAGACAAAAUAUACCACGUUGGAGUUUCCAUCUCAAGGUGGCCGCACACCAUCUCGGUUCACUGUCAUCUCCAAUGUGGCAACCGAUCCCGCAAACGAAACGAUAGAGACAGUAACCGAUGGUGGUGGCACGAUACACAGCUAUGACCCGUACAAAUCCGAGCGCGUCUUUGAUCACGAGCCGGUCGCCAGCCAUGCCAAAAUCACGGUAUAUCGCAAUGCCAGUGCAGCCAAGAGCGCAACAAAAGCGACACAGCCACCCGGGACCCUGCGUACAGAGUCCAAGAGAACUGCAUCAGUACAAUCCCGAUCGAACCGGACCGGGAAUGCCAUGUCGUCCCAUGGGAAGAGCGCAUCUCGACGCUCGCUUGCCUCAAUAAGGAGUACCGACAGUGCGACUUUCAAGCGGUCGGCCACCGUUCGGCAUAAACGGGGGGUCGACUUCUCCCAUGUGCGCAGAAAAUCGGCCAUUCAAAGCGAAGCCAAUCAAAGCACAGGAGACGAAACAAUCUUUACUGCUGGAGCAGCCGCCCGAGCUGUUUCCAUCAGCGCUGUGCACCCCGAGAAGAUUAUGAACAGACCUGCAGCGGGCAUCACGAACGUUAAAGCAAAGGCUCGGGCCGUGCCCGAGGAUGAUGCCACAAUUUGGAAAGAUGAACUACGUAAGAUCAGCAGCAGCAUUGCGAAAGACUGUGACGACGCGUUUAGCAGCUCUCUCCUACUUCCCCAGCCCAGCGCUUCAACCUUUGUGAACUCUCGUGACAAUAGCGGUAAGCUCGGAGCAGGCAAGAGUUCUAUGGCGCGAGAGUCAGGAAGCCCACAGCCUUGGGAGACCCGGCCACUGCCUCCAGCACCACCGUCAAAGCAUGGUUCGUUGCUCGAUGCCGAGAGAGCCAUCAAUGUUUUGAGAAAACAGAAAGAAGCCGUUUCACUGCCACUUAAAGCCACUAGACAUAGUGACAAUGGCGGGGAUAACACUUCAUCAGCGAGACGCCGAGUUGUCUCGGCUCCCAUAUAUGCACAGUACAGCACGCAGCAUGGGCUCAACAACCUCGAUCCCAUUAAGGAGGGUUCAAAGGAGGAUGGGCCUACAGAAGACACCGACAAACACCGCAUUGUCUCUGCGCCUGGAGAUUACUCCACGCCACACAAGGAUCGUCGUGGUCUCGAGUACCUUGCUCAACAUGAGAACACCAUCCGGCUCGUGAACUCUCCCUCCGCCAAAAUGGGCCAGUCUCAAGCCAGCAAGCCACUUCGAGUGCCCAAGAAGUUGUCCAGAGGCGUCGACACACCCACUAGGACGACCGCAGAAGAACCCCGGCCGGCUGCCACUGAGGAUGAGCCUUCAUUCGCAUCGCAAGACAGCUCCACGGCGUCGAAGAAGCGGUCUCUGUGGUUCAAGAGAAUCUCUAGAGACAGCAGCCUCGACGCUCCUGCGGCAAAACUGGGCAAUGAGAAAGGUGCCACCAUAAUUAGAGUGGACUCUGCUUCCUCGUCGGGAGCGCACAAUGCGGCUAGCAAAAAGAAGGGCUUCAAUUUUGCUUUCUGGCGCAAUACAAGAGAUGAGCCAGCCACGCGUUUCUCCGUUGAAGAUUUCGACUUUGACGAGACGCCCAGUCCGGAGCCUUCACAAAUGUUUGAGCACCCAGCACCACUGAUGUCGAACAAGAAGGCGAAAGAGGAUAGCUCUGCUCGACACAUUGCCCCGCAACAGAAUUGGCUGGCUCGUCUUUUCCACGUCAAGCCGGCCACCAGAUACCUGUGUUUCUGCAUCUCAAGGCGACGCGCGCGCCGGGAAAUUGCCGUCUUGCUCCGAGAGUGGCGCAAGUACGGGAUCCGGGAUGUGGAUGUCGACAAGGAGCGCAACAUUGUGUUUGCACGGGUUGGUGCUAAGAACUACCUCAAUAUCAAGGAAGUGGCAUUCGCAGCCGAGGUCAUGACAGUGAUUGAGCAUGGCAAGCGCAGCCAGCUCUGCAUCGUCCGACUUACACAGGAACGAGGAGCAGCCAGCAGUUUCCAUCGAGUAGUCGACACGAUGGACACUGUUUUCGAAAGCCGCAACCUGCUGGUUGCCGAGCAGCGCAAGACCAAGAUGAUGGUCAAAACGCUCAAUGCUUGACCAUGACGAGAUAGAGUUACUCCUGGCUGGCGAGGAUGUUGCAUGGCUCACCUCUGCUGGACAAUCGGAUUUCUUUUUUGCCAUUCUGGAAAGAGGAUUGGAAACUGUUUUUUUUUUCUUCUUCGAGAAGCAACAGUACUGUCUAGGUAUCAAUCAUCCACUUCGAUGUUCGCCAGGGGGCCAUGGGUGGCAUGGCGUCGCUCAGGUGGAAGGAAAGGAGCGCUUUUGAGAAAGGAGGGGAAACUGGCAGUUUGACAGCCAGCCAGCUGUGAUGUAAGAAUUUCUAUAACUAUGGUUUCUUGUAUGUAGUUUUGGCCACGACCACCGGCUGAGUCCAGCGGGACGAGUGAACAUUGAUGGGUAGCAAGCAGGUAGCCACACACAAUCCCAAGAAUUGAUGUG